AUGUCCAACUCGCUUCAAAAUUUCCGAGUACCCUGGAAUCAUAGCGCCAGCUCGUUCAGAGGAUUACCAAAGUCUCCAACAGAGUCCACCACUCCUCACUACUACGAUUACUCCGAGUUGUUUUGGGAUGAAGAGAGCCUUCAGCAUCCUGUGGGACCUCCUCCCGCCGAGUUGCCCGUCAAUCAAGAUCAGCCUACCUCGGGAAACCAACCAUCCCCGGACCGUCGCCACGCACAAUCUCCGUUUGGAAUCAUGCAAGGAUCAAGGUUCCAGCCAGCUGAACUACCGACUACACACAACCGUCGCUCAAGUGAACAGUCGAAGUAUAGCUACGGUGGAGUGAUCCCGAGGCGGAUUUCCAGCUUAGCUGCGGCCACCACUCCCAUGAGAAGCAAUAGUACAUUGCAAAAGGAUCAGGCCGUCGAUGUCGCGGCAGUGCCUUUGCAGGAGUUUUCGAGCAAACCGUCAAGGGGUGAUAAAGACCAUCCUCGCACUUCAACAGCCUCCCGGCGAACUUGUGGUUCGACGCAAUCAAGUGCAUUCUUUCCGAAUGCGAGUCGAAGCCCACGAGAUCUCACAUCCCUUGCUGCCCGCGUCCAUUCGCCAGUCUUCGAUCAAAGAGCUUCUGACCAAUCCAUUUCCCAGCUCCUGGACUACGAUGACCAGCACGAGACCGAGAAUCGACAAAGGAGCAGGGGGCUUGACACCCCCAUCAACUCUCAGUGGGAACUACCAUCAUUCACCUUCAGGCCACUUUCUUUGGUCUCAGACGGCGCCGGAGCUCGAGAACGGCCUAAGACUUCUGGAGAUGUUCCGCCCAGGGACACCCUCGAAAUAUUGUCACCAAUGCCUCAACGCCCAAUGUCAUCACAGAGCCAGAAGAGGUUCAGUCGUAUACUCGAACUUCAGGACACUUAUUCUGCUGAGCGGACCAUUCCGUUGUUUCAUGGUCAGACGCCCUCGAAACUCAACGUAGUGGAAGAGCGGCCGGAAAUACAGGAUCCUCAAUCAGUCUCACUCGUUGAGCUAGCUCUGGAAGCUGCCGCGGAAGGACCUCCUGAGCACAUGCAGCAGAGACAAUCGGUUAUCACUCAUGCCCACUCGGAUGUCAAUUUUGGCGACAGUCACAUCACCAUUCAUGACAAGUCGACCGUCGAAUCACUCCUAGACAGACAUAUUGAAUGCCUCGGCCUGGAUGAGGAUGGAUUCAGUCGGUUUGAGAUGCAAAGCGACUCGGGACGUUCUGACGUCGCCGGUUGUAGCAGUGCUGAUAGCACUAUAAAGAUAUCUUCGAUCGUCAAAGAGUUGCAGACUCAAGCCAAGCUGAGACCGGCAACUUCAAGCUCUUAUCGCCAUUCAAGCCUAGCCAGUUCAGAGAGGCGUAGGCUGAUGCCGCGACGUCUGUUUGCGAGCAUGGACUCAAGAGUGUCUCCUGUUACGACCCAUGAAGAUCUACGCGGAUUGUUGAAAGGAGACCUAACUUCGACGGCGACGACGGAUAGACAGCUCUCCUUGGGCUGGCACACACUUCCUUCUUCGAGUGGGCUGACAUCGGCCCAGUCGGCGACCAAAACCUCCUUGACAUCGGGGGACAUGGGCGACAUCGAUUCGGACCCUCCCCAAACAAAGUUCAAAAUCAGACGUCUUUCAGACCUCGGUGCAAGCCUAUCAGAACCCAGCAAGGGCUGUCCGCAUGGUGAGCUACCGCGGCAACCUCAAAUGUUCAUCACACACCGCAGAUCUAAAAGCGACAUCCUAGCAAGGCAAGCGUCGCAUCAAAGAAGGCGGAUGCGAAUCAUGUUGAAAACCAAACGAAGAUCCAACAGCCUGGGGCAACUCACGAAAAUCAUUUCUGUUGAACAGGGGUUGCAAGAUCAUGAACGCGACGAGGAUUGGACUACUGAGGACUCGCCUGAAGGCCUUAGCCCCAAGUCACCAGUGAUGGGAUAUGCUGAACUGAGUGCCGAGUCGGUCAUUGUGCAUGCCCCUACUACUGUUCUCUCAGCGAGUCUGCCGGUUUCCAAGUCCAUCCCCAAAAGGUGGACUAGCAUGUUAGCUUCCAUGCCUGAACCGGUCAAAAGAGGAAUCGAUAUUGUUCGGAAGGCAUCAGUCCGCACCGUACGCUCACAUCGCAGCAAUGUUAGUGUGAUCGAGCCCAUGAACAGCACACGGAUGAGCUCCCAGACACCUCGACUGGGCCCGGUGCCGCAGCUCGCGCAUCCAGAAUUUGGCCCACCCUUGAUGUCUUCCGACCUCAAUCUCAGUCUCCCAUUCCCCGAGCCGCCUGAAACAGCCCGGCCGCAAUUGCGUCACGUACAAAGCUUCUUCUGUGAUGAUAGCUCAGUCCAAACGUCGAAAUUCCAAACCAAGAAACGAUUCGAUCUCCACAGCUUGCGGAGCGGGUUGACAAGAUCGUCUGGAGUGUUAGGAGUCAAACAUGGUGGUGAACAUCAUGUCAACGAUCUGAAGAUGAGCCACUCAUGCCAAAUGAAGGGUCAGAGAUCCUUCGACUGCCCUCAGUCGCCAUUGGGGGACACGGUUCCGCUGACGGACUGCGUAUACAAAAAGCGUAAGGUGAUGGACAGGUUCAAAGAGUGGUGGAAAAACCAAUGCAUGCAGAAAACAUUGUCGAUGAUGAGGAAGAAGAACAGUCGGAAUGGGCGCAACGGAGCCCUUGUAUAG